ACCUACAUCAUCGGAUCAAAACCACAGACAUCCCUGCCUUAUUCUCCUAAUGACGACAAUAAUAACAAUAAUAACAGGAGCUACACGAUAGAAAUUUGAGAGAUGGUAUAAUCGCACGUCUGUUGUUUGCUUGCAUUACCACUGCGAUCUGUGAAAAGGAGGGGGGGUCUCGACUGCUCGAUCAUGGGGUGAAUUGGUAGAUGAAUAUUAUCCGCAAUACUUCUUCUAUCUACUAAAUAUCUGUUUUAGUCUUUUGAUCUAGACCACCAGAAAACUGAUUUCUAAAGCGCUAUAUGUGCUCUAUUCGUUAUUAUCCACUUUGCAUAGCCGUUGGUGCAAACCAUGCGACUCUUGCGACUAAUCAUAUCUUGUUCGGUUGUCGUUGCAUUUACUUUUGGCAACGUGAAUCGCGACGGACGAUAGUUGUAGCGGCUGAGAAAUUCUAAGUUGGAAAAGGAGAAAAGAGGAAAAGAGAGGCUGUGAGUGUUCGGUCCUUGGUCUAGGCAAAGAUCAAACUUGAAGAUGAUGUUUAGACGGAGCUUUCCCCGUAUCCGCCAAGGUCUGCUCGUACAACGCUGUCAGGAUGUGAGAUCUUUUUCUCUCACCUCCUGCCGCCGCGAGAUCCGCGAUGCCUCUGUACUUCCCGAGCGUAUUAUGCCCGAGUAUAAGGAGAGUCCAACCUCUUCUCUGCUGUCUUUACAUUGGCCGGAACCGCCGCGGAAUAUCCUGAUCAUUCCAAAGCUACAUGCUCCUAAGGUGACCGCUUCUGCAAUCUCUUUUGCGAACCAUAUUCACAGCGAAUACCCCGAUCUGAAUCUCGUGUUCGAACGCCGAAUCGCCUCUACUAUGCACGAGUCCCUGUCUUUUCCUAUAUACUCUUCUGACCCAAGCCUGUUUCCUCGCAAGAUUGAUCUCGUGACCACCCUGGGUGGCGAUGGAACCAUUCUACGCGCAGCUAGCCUUUUCAGUCUACAUGCGUCCGUGCCUCCCAUCUUAUCAUUUAGCAUGGGAUCGCUAGGCUUUCUAGGCGAGUGGAAGUUUGAGGAAUUUAAACGCGCUUGGCGUGAAGUAUACAUGAGCGGAAGCCGUGUUGCCGUAUCUGACUUACAGAACCCUCAUACACAGUUUGCUACCAACGGCCGGCCUGAUGGGGACGAAGGCCGUCUUCACAGUAACUGGGAAGGCCUCCGCGGGAAGAGCAUGGGUCUUACUCGGUCCAGCAAAAUUCUUCUGCGUCAUCGGUUAAAGGUUGGAGUUUACGACGCCGCGGGUAUCAAUAUAAACGAGCAACUCAUACCCACUCCGAUCGCCGAGCCGCAGCAGUCCACGUCGGGGACACCUACCGAUUUAAAUCUUGUAGGGAGGAAUGAGGGACAAGCCGGGUCGCGACCAUUCCACGCCGUGAACGAACUUGUUAUCCAUCGUGGUCCAAACACGCACCUUGCCAUUAUCGAUGUCUAUGUGAAUAAUCACUUCCUGACGGAGGCGGUGGCCGAUGGAAUCUUAAUCAGCACGCCGACGGGGUCCACGGCAUACUCGCUAUCCGCCGGUGGUAGUAUUAUGCACCCCUUGGUCAAGACGCUGUUGAUCACCCCAAUAUGCGCUCGCAGUCUCAGCUUUCGGCCGCUUGGCCUCCCCUUGAACACUAAGGUAAUUCUCAAGCUGAGCGAGAAAAAUCGCGGACGCGAACUUGAAGUCAGCAUCGACGGCAAGCGAAGGGCUGCUGUGACCGUUGGUAUGGAGAUCCGCGUCGAAGGUGAGACUGUUGGCCGUACUUCUGGCGGUAGCUGGGCUGGUGGGGUGCCUUGUGUCAUCAGGUCUCCUAUCAAGGGUGACGGUGAUAGAGACGGAAUUGCGGAGGAUGAUGACGGGUGGGUUGGUGGAUUAAUCGGCCUACUCAAAUUCAACUAUCCAUUUGGCGAUGGUCACUGAAAUUCAUAUCCGUAUCGGGGGUCAGAAUAUGAGUUUUACAGCAUGUGUACGUGUUGGCUAAUGAGUUAGUUGGAAGACCCAAGGUAAAGUUACCCUGAGCAUGUUCUUGUCUAACCCCUUUCCUACCCUAUUUGCCAGGAAUUCGUUAGCUACCUCCUAGGUGCCUAUCUUUCAUGGCAUUAAAGAUACCGGAAAAGAAAUCUCACUGCCGCAUUGAUAUCGUCGGAUU